AAGGAGUGGAGGCAGAGGAGAAAGGAGGAAAGGACUUGUCUGCAGACCAUGACUUCCCUGACCCAGCGGAGCUCGGGCCUGGUGCAGAGGCGGACCGAGGCCUCACGCAGCGCCGCCGCCGACAAGGAGAGAGGAUCCGGGGACGAAGACUACGAGGCCCGCCGCGGGGAGGAGCAGGACGACGACGACAAGGGGGACUCCAAAGAAACUCGGCUCACCCUGAUGGAGGAGGUGUUGCUCCUGGGACUGAAGGAUCGAGAGGGCUACACGUCCUUCUGGAACGACUGCAUCUCGUCGGGGCUGCGCGGCUGCAUGCUCAUCGAGCUGGCCUUAAGAGGGAGGCUGCAGCUGGAGGCCUGCGGCAUGAGGAGGAAAAGCCUACUGGCCAGGAAGGUGAUAUGUAAGUCGGAUGCUCCUACGGGGGACGUUUUGCUGGAUGAGGCUUUGAAACACAUUAAAGAGACCCAGCCGCCAGAGACGGUGCAGAGCUGGAUCGAGCUGCUCAGCGGCGAGACGUGGAACCCUUUAAAACUGCACUACCAGCUGAGGAACGUGCGGGAACGCUUGGCCAAAAACCUGGUGGAGAAGGGCGUGCUCACCACCGAGAAACAGAACUUCCUGCUUUUCGACAUGACGACGCACCCGCUCACCAAUAGCAACAUCAAGCAGCGGCUCAUCAAGAAGGUACAGGAGGCGGUGCUGGAGAAGUGGGUGAACGACCCGCACCGCAUGGACAAGCGGCUGCUGGCCCUCAUCUUCCUCGCCCACUCGUCCGACGUCCUGGAGAACGCUUUCGCCCCGCUCUUGGACGACCAGUACGACCUGGCCAUGAAAAGAGUGCGGCAGCUGCUGGACUUGGAGCCCGAGGGCGAGAGCAUGAAGAACAACACGAACGAGCUCCUCUGGGCCGUCGUGGCAGCCUUCACCAAAUGAGCCGGCCAGGAAAGGGUGCGGGGGGCGGGGGCGUGAGACACAGAAAAGCAUGGACCGGCAAACUCCGACAGUUCAGACGUUGGCCACAGUGGUGGCAGGGCUCCCCCCCUACGGCGUUGUAAUGGGUUGUCAACUCUGCAGACAUGUCCCCCUGUCAUAUUUUCUUUCCCUGUAGAUACCUCCUGCCCUCCAUAUUCACUGCGAGAUGUGUCCUUUUAAUCACUCGCGCUGCUACACCGGCAAACACAGAAGGAAACGGCACACUCUGGUUUCUGCCAAAUCCACUCUGUGUGUGUGUGUGUGUGGGGGGGGGGGGGUGUCUGUUCAAAAACAUGGACUGAUUGAAAUUCAUGCUCAUUUAGUUAUCUUGUAUUAUCCCUGAACAAAUCGGUUUAUCUUCCCUUAACGGAUGUGUGUCCUACACAGAAGAUAACUCACUUUCACAUUAUGCUCAAAACAUGCCCCACUUGUAUGGAUAAAGAGCUCCGCCCUUUUUGCGGUGUAUGUGCAAAAUUACAUUUAUAGCACAAAAAAUCCAUUAUUUGAAGAACACAGACAAUCUAUGGUUUGUUUUGUCUCUUAUGUGUCAAAUAUUUUCUUCUUUUUUUGUUUUUUCGGAAGCAGUGUGUUUGGUUCCUAGUGCCAGCUCGUGGAUAUUAUGGUAUGCCAUUACACUGAGAAUCUCCUUUUGAUAGAAGAUGCAUACUAGUUAGCAUAACCAGUUUUGACGUAUUAAAACCAGGUUAAUGUACAGUGUUGGCAAAUGCAGGAUGCGGUAUGAGCGGAGUACAAGGUCUGAAUGGAGGCGAACCAGGCAUAAAAACCCAUCAGAUGAUAGACGUGCAGUAGAAAUCUCCUUUCAUUUCUUACAUGGAUAACUCCUCUUAAUGAUAUUUCUUCAUUGGAAGAAUAGAAAACACUAAUUCCUCUUAUUUCUCCCUCAUAAUUUCCCAUUUCACAUGUGUUCCCACCUGAAAACGUGACUCAUUAACAACAGCUAAAAAGAAUGAAAAUGACCCAUUUCAAUGUGGUUUUGAUUUUGUAUGCGAGGACGGUUUCUGUUUGUGUGCGUCUGUUUUAGUGUUGAAAUCUGUAGUCCGUUUAUUUUCACAAUUUUGAAAUGAUCAAGACAAAAGAAACCUAAUUCUAGCCAACACAGCUGCUUGUUGCCCACGCGCCACAGUUUAAAUGGAGCAAGCAGGGGUGGGACACAUUCCAGUGUAUUCUGUAAAUAGUUUCUAGUGUAGUCAGACCCACGUCACCUGGCCUGUAUUUGGAUUUUAACCACCAAUUGGCAACUGCCAUCCCUUGGUGUCAUGGUAACGGUCAAGUCAGGUACUCCAGAAGGCAUUUUUAUCUCCAGUUUUAUUUGCCCCCAGAGUCUUGUGUAAAAGCAAUGUGUGAUGUUGUGUUGAAAUUACAGUGCAAAGAAAGCCUUUGACCAAUUAUUUUUCUCCGGUUUCUAGAGGAAUUAUUACGGAUUAUGACACGCAAAAAUGUUUCCCACCGCAAGUGUUCAUUUAAACAGUUCAUAUCUUGCGCAUUAUU